UUCCGAGUUAUUUUACGCAGUCAGCCGUGAGGUCCUCCCGAAGUGCGCACACGUUUUCGCCGAGCCCCUUGCACCGCGCGGUCAAUGAUCUAGCCCGGGACCCGGACAGACCUGACACCGCCGACUCUGUAGCUCCGUUGCGGGGAGACCCUUCCCAGGCCCUUUCCUAUUCCGUCCACUCUACCAGCGUGCGAGAGACUAACUCUCCCGGACUUUACACUACAGGCAUGAAUAUGCAGAAGGACACAACUUUCACCAAGAUAUUUGUCGGGGGCUUGCCCUACCACACCACCGACGACUCGUUACGGAGUUUCUUCCAGACCUUCGGCGAGAUCGAAGAGGCCGUAGUGAUCACCGACAGGCAGACUGGCAAGUCCAGGGGAUAUGGCUUCGUAACUAUGGCGACCAGAGAGGCCGCCGAAAAGGCUUGCAAGGACCCAAAUCCCAUCAUCGACGGCAGAAAAGCCAACGUCAACCUCGCGUACAUCGGAGCGAAGCCUAGGAACACGCAGCCAGGGUUUGGUUUUGGCAUUAGGGCAGUGCCCCCCGGAUAUCUCCCAAGCCAGUACGGGUUGCCGCCGGGGUACAUCUACCCCCAGGCGUACGUGACGGCCGCCGCCGCCCAGCAGCCUGGCCUGAUCGUCCCGCCGCACACCCCGCCAGCCUCCGCGGCGGCCCAGUACAUCGACUACGCCGCGGCUUACGGCCAGUACCCGGCGGGGUACGAGCAGUACCCGGCAGGCUACGCGGCGCACGCGUACCUCAGCCCCGCCGCCUACGCCCAGACCGGCUACGCCGCCGUCCAGCAGCCUGCCUUAUCCGCCACCUCGGCUCACUUCGCCCAGUACCAACCUCAGCAGAUACAGGAACGCAUCCAGUAAACAAACAAGCACAAACAAACAACGGGAACCAAUUUGAACUUGACCGCGAGGGAUCACGGGACUUUUCCACCGAAGGGAAUUGUGGGAAGGCCGAGCUGGUAACUAGAGGGUAUUUAAACACUAUGCAAAUCCACGAUGUUAUGUCUGAGCACGAGUAUCAUGUCACUUUUCACAACAGGAGGGAGGUACACUUGUUACACCCAGCUGUUCUCUGUAUCAAUCAAAACAACAGCCGUCCGCAGGGCUAUUCUGGUCCCCACUAUUUGGUCCUGGCAGCAGAAAAUUCUCGAUCAAUUCGGCCCGGUGAAUUUCCCCCACACCCCCUGAAGCUCAAGCAUGUGUCUGCCUGCUCACACGAAGUGCUAAUCACAUAAUGUUAGCACAGUUGCUUCUCAUACCACCGUGAAA